AUGGGGAGAAACCGAACCCAGCCCAUUUCCUCCCCUCACCGGUGCCUGAUUGCCGGAAACUACUGCCACGAUGUUCUCAUCCGCGACUGCGUCGUUUUGGCCGAGAUGCUCGGCGGGGCCGCUUCUUUCAUCUCCAACAUGUUUGACGACGUUUCGGUGAGCUACAAUCUGGUAUCGAAAGUCAGGUCAGAUUUUGCUUACUCGGUCCACCGCGACCCGAUUGUGGUAUCCGAUUGCAGGACGACUCUGUCCCACGCGCAUUUUGAUUCUGGAAUCGAGGGGGAAGGCCAGCAGGAUCGGGUUUUAAAGCGGGUGGACUGCGACCCGAUUUGCCCCUCAGAUCUGCCCGAAUCCAGGUUUGAGUUAGGAAUGGCAAUUGGGGUCGGCGGCAAGAUUAUGGUGGAGACGGUUGAGAACUGGUGGAGAUUUGCGGCACUGUGUUUGUGGACAUUCAAGCUCUGUUUCGGGUUUUUGAUGGGGUUGAUGGGGCUGUGA